GACGUAAGCAACUGACAGCGCAGCAGGGGGAACGGUGGAACCCUACAUCUCCCGGUGAUGAAAAAGGGAAAGACGCUUUACCGCUCACACUGGGCACACAGCGCUACUGGAGCGGUUUAGUGACCGUCACUUUGCUUUGGAAAUCGGUGACUCACUUCGUGACUCGGGACAGACACUGAGAGAGGGAGAUAUGGUGCUUUCCUAUCGUUCUGAUUGAAUCGCAGAGAGUGAACGGCGGCGGCGGUGGUCGUUAACGGAGGCAGAUUGCCGUUUGUAACUCGAUCUCCCUCUGUUUUCGUUAGUCGGCGGUUGGUAGGGUCCUCAUCAGUUACACAUGUGUGUCUGUCACUUCUAGCGCGCUCCGUCCGCAAGUCCUACGCUUCCAUUGCGCUGUCCUCUGUCGCAAGCGGUCACCGCGAACCUUUUCUCUCUCGCCUCUGAGAAAUCUGUCAACGGAACGACGACACCACCACAGUUCCUCAUCUUUUCUUUACACAAUCCGUUCAGCUACGGGACUAUAACGUUUUGAUAAAGAUCUGGAGUGAUACUGUAAUAGCGGAAGACUUUGUUUCAUUACUGCACACUUUUACUAUUUCAUUCAGAAAACCAAACGACGACGUCGCGGUAUUGCCUAGAAGUUGAACCCUCCUCUGGUGAAGUUUUGACAGCGGUUCUGGAGAAUGGAAUGCUAAACAACACAACACCAGGUAUCCAAGUCCAAGGACCGGCUUGGGGCUGAGCAUCGCCUCACCUCUCUUACCGCCCCCCUCUUCCCUCUCUUCUCCUUUUCUUCCCUCUCUCCUCCCUCUCUCCUCCCUCCCUUCCCUCCCACUCUCCUCCCUCUCUCCGGCGGUGGCGUCAAAGCAUGCAGGCAGGAUGGAGGUGAAGGAGCGCCGCCCGUACUGCUCUCUCACCAAGAGCCGCAGGGACAAGGACAGCGGCCGGCGCUACACCGGCUCCUCCGGGGACAGCGAGGACGCCCCGCCCCCGCCCCAGCGCGUUCCCACUCAGAAGUCCUACAGCUCCAGCGAGACCCUCAAGGCCUUCGACACACACCACCACGCAGACUCCUCCCGACUGCUGUACACACACACCCAGGGCAGGGUGAAGGACAUGGUGCACCGCCAGCAGGAAGACUACUCAGGACGAGGCCAGAACUUCAGCCUGCGUCAGCUGGGGAUCUGUGAGCCGGCCACGCGUCGCGGCCUGGCCUUCUGUGCCGAGAUGGGCCUCCCCCACAGAGGCUACUCUGCUGGCACGGCCUCCGACCUGGACACUGAGAACGAGGCGGUGAUGUCACCGGAGCGCGCCAUGCGCCUGUGGGGCCGGGGGGUGAAGGGGGGGCGGAGCUCCUGCCUGUCCAGCCGCUCCAACUCAGCCCUCACGCUGACGGACACGGAGCACGAGAACAAGUCAGACAGCGACAACGAGCAACCGUCCAAUCACCACCAGCAGGGGCCGACUACGCUGCCUCCAGCUCCACCCCCUCACAAGCUGCAGCCGUCAGUGACAGCACUCAACCAUCACAACUCCCUGAGCCAAUCGCAUCGCCGUUCUCCACCAAGCCCCGCCCCUCCGGCGGGCCUACCCGCCGAGCUGCAGACCACGCCCCCUGAGUCCGUGCCGCUGCAGGACAGCUGGGUCCUGGGCAGCAAUGUGCCACUGGAGAGCAGAGGGUCAGCCGGGCAGUCUGUACUUGAGAACGGCCAUGACAACCUUAUAGAGAUGGACGUGUUCCCACCUGACUGUCACCAGGGGCUGUAUGGGGACGGGCACUUCCUCUUCAAGACAGGCACCGGCACGACUCCCCUCUUCAGCACGGCCACGCCCGGUUACACCAUGGCUACCGGCUCCGUGUACUCGCCCCCCACCCGGCCCCUCCCCAGGAACACCCUCUCCAGAAGCGCCUUCAAGUUCAAGAAGUCCUCCAAGUACUGCAGCUGGAGAUGCACAGCCCUGAGCGCUGUGGGCCUGUCUGUCCUACUGUCCGUCCUGCUCUGCUACUGCAUAGCCAUGCACCUGCUAGGUCUGAACUGGCAUCUUCAGGAGACAGGAGACUACGCCUUUGAGAACGGACAAACCAAGUCAGACACCACGCCCAACACCAUAACCGCACUGGCCUCAGACAAUGGUAAGCUGGGUGUGUUCCAGCAGGAGAACAACACGGUGGACACAGGGGAGGUGGACGUGGGCAGGAGGGCCGUGCAGGACGUUCCUCCUGGGAUCUUCUGGCGCUCCCAGCUCUACAUCGACCAGCCCCAGUUCCUCCGCUUUAACAUCUCCGUCCAGAGAGACGCACUGGUCGGAGUGUACGGACGCAAGGGCCUGCCUCCCUCACACACACAGUAUGAUUUUGUGGAGCUUCUGGAUGGCAGUCGUCUGGUCUCCAAGGAGAAACGAGGCCUGGAGUCUGAGGGCGGGGGCAGGCGCGCCCGCUCAGUCAGCCUGCAAGAAGCUGGCUUCAUCCACUUCUUGGAUACUGGUACCUGGCACCUGGCCUUCUACAACGACGGGCGCAACACGGAGCAGGUGUCCUACAACACCAUUGUCAUAGAGUCCGACACGGAUUGUCCACACAAUUGCCAUGGCAACGGUGACUGUGUGUCUGGAAAGUGUCGCUGUCUAGCUGGGUUCCUCGGUCCUGACUGUUCAAGAGUGGAGUGCCCGGUCCUGUGCAGUGGUAACGGCCAGUACUCCCGCGGGCGCUGCCAGUGCUUCAGUGGGUGGAAGGGGACAGAGUGUGACGUCCCCAGUAACCAGUGUGUGGACAUCCACUGUGGAGGCCACGGCAUCUGCAUCAUGGGUAGCUGUGCCUGCAACACGGGCUACAAGGGAGACAACUGUGAGGAGGACAGUCACUGA